AUGACUCGCCUUCCUCUUGCGCUCAGCCUUGCGGCCAUGGCGCUGGCCAAGACUGUCGAGGUCGACUGGGAUAUCGGCUGGGUCAACGCCGCUCCGGAUGGCUACUCGCGGCCCGUCAUCGCCAUCAACGGGCAGUGGCCGCCGCCGCCGCUCCACGUCGAUGUCAACGACACCAUCAUCGCACAUGUCACUAACUCGCUCGGCAAUGAGACGACCAGCGUUCACUGGCACGGCAUGUGGCAGCAAGGCACGCCCGAGAUGGACGGCGGCGCCGGAAUCACGCAGUGUGCCAUCCCGCCGGGCGAGACCUUUACCUACGAGUUCACCGCGUACCCGGCCGGCACCUUCUGGUACCACUCGCACGACAUGGGCCAGUACCCGGACGGGCUGCGGGCGCCCAUGAUCGUCUACGACUCGCAGAACGAGAACCAGCCCCACCCGUCCGAGCAGUACAUCCUCACCGUCUCCGACUGGUACCGCGACCAGAUGCCCGGCCUGAUCAACAGCUACCUGACGACGCCAAACUUCGACGGCCGCAUGCCCAACCCCAACUCCAGCUUGGUCAAUGAGGGCGGGUCGACGUCGAUCAGCAUCCAGCCCGGCCAGCGGAAGUACAUACGCCUGAUCAACAUGUCCGCUCUCGCUACCUACUACCUGCAAUUUGAUUCCCACAACAUCACUGUCGUUGCAAUCGACAGCGUUGAUAUCGAGCCGCAGAGCUGGGAGGCACUCGAGGUCGUGCCGGGCCAGCGGUACGACUUCUUCAUCGAAGGGCUCGAGAACCCCGACCGGAACUAUGCCUUCAUCAACCAGAUGGCCGUGCUGGGCUUCCAGAACGUCAACCAGCUGGUCUACGACGAGAGCUUCGGUGCGGCGGAGGCCUUCACCCUGUCGACGGCCAACCUCGGCUCCGACUUCGAGCUCGUGCCCGUCGAUGAGGAGCCGCUGCUCGGCCCCGUCGACCACACCAUCACCAUGGAGGUCAACAACCUGAACAUCGACGGCGUCGGCUACCGCAUCACUCAAGGCCCCGACCCCUACAUCUCGCCGCGCACCCCGUCGCUCUACACCGCGCUCAGCACGGGCUUCAACGCGACGGACCCGGCCAUCUACGGGCAGACCAACGCCUUCGUCGUCAAUGCCGGCGAAGUGGUGCAACUCGUCGUCAACAGCAACGACCUGGUGACGACGAACAACUCCGGGCGCGGCCACCCGAUGCAUCUGCACGGCCACAUCUUCCAGGUCGUCGCCCAGCUGUCCGAGCACUGGGACGGCGACGACUCGUCGUUCCCCGCAGUCCCGAUGAAGCGCGACACCAGCGUCUUGUUUGCCGGCGGCAGUCUGGUUGUCAGGUUCCGCGCUGAUAACCCCGGGAUUUGGAUGUUCCACUGCCACAUCGAAUGGCAUCUCGACGCCGGCAUGGCUUCUACGAUCGUCGAGGCCCCCAUCCAGCUGCAGCAGCUCGGCAUCGAGAUCCCGCAGGACCACCUCGACUCGUGCCGUGCGAUGAACUUGUCGACGUCGGGUAACUGCGCUGGCAACACCCAGAACUUGGACGACACGGCGUCGUGCCAUGUGUACGAUACUGAUCCGUGGGGCGCGCUUAUCACUGGACCCGGCACCCCGGGGAAUGGAACGAAUGGGACGCUAACGUGCUACGGCGCCGCCUGUUAG